AUGAACAUUAGAGACGAGAGAGGGUCAUCCUUUGAGAGGAUCAUUAAACGUACCCGACGUUCCAUUUGGUUUAAAUUUAGACGUACAUCAAGACUACACCUUGUUGCUUUAUUCACACUAUUGACCUUACUCUAUUUCUUUCUUAAUCGUUCUACUUCUUUAAAGAAAAAAUCUAAAAUAACAACACUCGGCAAUCAACCAACAUAUGAGCAACACAACACAUCUUGUUUCGCCACUCUGUGCAAUCCUUCCAACAAGUGCUCUACUUGGUUACCUAACCGACCCUACGACUGGUCUGAACUUUCUCAAGCAGGCAUCUUUCGCGAUCUGGCAACGAUCCAAGUUGAGUUUGGCUGUGAGUUAAAGAUCAAAUUGGAAAGUGAGAGAAGUGAGUGGAUGACAUUGCCUACUGGGAAAAAAGUUAAUUGUGAAGGAUAUGAUACGAAAUGCGGAAACCUUGUUGCGAUCGAUUUGAAAGCCAAUAUCCUGAUUCUUGCCAUCCAGCUCAAGCAAAAAAUGCAAGAUCCGUCUACUGAAGGACAGGAGAUUGUCAUGGUGCAUCAUGGGCAAGAAAGUUCCAAUAGAAAUGUUGAUGUAAGCCUUAUUAGUCAAUUCUCAGUCAAUCGAUUAGAGCCAUUUGUUGAAGUGAUCGAAUCCUGGCAAGGUCCUAUCUCUGUAGCAAUAUAUCUUACCCAAUCGACAGAUAUUGAUACACUUGUUCAAUUUUUAAAGACAUCCAAAAACCUAGACUUGUAUUCUCGACUAACCAUAACGUUGAUUAAACCAAACUACCUUGAUCCCGAACAUCUGGCGUACCCGAUCAACAAUUUACGCAACAUAGCAAUCACACAAUCUACCACAGAAUACAUCUUUGUCACAGACGCUGAUUUUGUACCCUCGAAUAAUUUAUAUACCUUUAUACGAUCAAGACUGAUACCCUACGUGAUCUAUCAAUCCGGCAAAAUUCCUCCAACGGCCUGGGUCGUGCCUUGCUUUGCCAUCCGUGAGGCCUAUGCUCAGUUACCGAUCCCAAACACAUACAACGAACUACGUCGGUUGGUGGGCCAAAACGUGGCCUACAUUACAGAUCCAGGUGCGGGUCAUGGCCCAACAUUGGCAGUCGAAAUUGCCAUGGUACGACCCUUGUUGAUGGGAAACCCACUCGCAUACGAAGUUUGCUACGAAUCGCAAUGGGAACCCUACUACGUCCUGCAUCGAUCAGCCCCUCUUUAUGAUGUGCGGUUCAGAAACCAAGGCGGCGAUAAACAGUCGCAUGCAUUACAUCUCAAUGCAGAAAAGUACAGGUUUAUGGUCCUCAGAGAAGUCUUUAUGGUUCAUAGAGAUCAUUCGAAGAUGAUUUGGCCUUCAGGCGGCUUUGAAAAGAGUCAAAAGGAGGCCAAGACGUGGAAUUACUUUAAUGAAUUCAUGAAUGAAAUUCAAUCAAUUUAUGGGCGAAACUCACGAUGGCCUCGUGGAUGUAGUGCGAUGGCCAUUGGAUGGCAGGACCAAAGACGGGAUGUUGUUGGUUUGGCAGCAGGCGCAGUUUAA